AUUAAAUGUCGCCUUCAUCUGUCGGGAAUUGGCUGUUUCUAUUUAUCCAGUCCUUUGCGUCCCAUCUUUCGCCUCCCCCUGCUUUAAAUCCCCUGCUUCGCCCCCGCAGCGUUUCUGUCCCUCUCCCUCAUGUGUCCUGAGUCUCUGAACUCGCCGUAUCGACCUCUCGCUGUCCCUCCUUAGUUAUAAUCGCCACCGCAAUCAAUCCGAUUUGGACCUUCGAUAGUUCUUUCUACCGUCGCCAGAGGUCUCCAGUGACGGUGUUGAACCCCAAUUGACCAUGCUGCUGUCGCGCGCUUUGAGUAGUGUCACUCCCGAGGAGCCCGUACCGUUGAACCCUCGAGAGGCUGUCUCGGGCAUUCUGGGUUCAAUUUCUUUGGCAUGCUGGAUAUUUCUACUGUUACCACAAUUGGUUGAGAACUAUCGCAAUGGAAGUGCGGAAGCAAUCUCUCUGUACUUCCUCUUCGUGUGGUUCGUCGGCGACGUGACGAAUUUGAUCGGAGGCGCUUGGGCUGGCCUGGUUCCUGUCGUUGUCGCCAUCGCCGUUUAUUUCUGUAUCGCGGACGGCGUCUUGAUCGGACAAUGUCUGUAUUACAAAGCGCGCAACGCGGGUCGCGAUGCACGACGGCGUUCCUCGGUAGACACUCCUGAUCCGACGACUCCAUUAUUAGGCCGACCCUCCACUGCUGACAGCCUGGGUCAACCAUCCCGACGCAGGUCAUCAGCUUCGGCUGGGGACGGCUAUGGCUCUGACGCCAGCGACGCCGAGGCGGCACUGGCCAAGAUCGUCGAAGAGGGGGAAUCUGGUCGCUAUGCCUGGUUUAAGAACGCCAGUAGCGUUCUUGCCGUUUGCGUGGUUGGAAUUGCCGGCUGGACGAUCGCAUGGCAGACAGGUGUAUGGGCACCUGCUCCGCAGGAUCACGAUGGCGACGUUCACCAAGCAGUGGGCGCUCAAAUUCUGGGUUAUUUCAGUGCCGUGUGUUAUCUAGGAGCGCGACUCCCUCAGAUCUACAAGAAUUACUGCAACAAAUCAUGUGAAGGGCUUUCCCUUCUAUUCUUCAUCCUAUCCCUUUUAGGAAACCUCACUUACGGUGCAGGGAUACUCAGCCAUUCAACGGAAAAGAACUACAUCAUUAAAAAUGUACCCUGGCUCAUCGGCUCCCUGGGCACGAUGGCUGAGGAUAUCACUAUAUUCUGGCAAUUCCGGAUCUACAAAAACAAUUCAUACUUUGAUCAAUGAAACGACAGGGUUCACGGCAAGUCAAUUCAACUUCUUGACCCACUAGAUUAGCAGCUAUUCUACGUAAAUAGUUGUCACAACAAAAGUUCUGCCCGUUUCUUACUUCCGACCUUCUAGCUACUUUCAGCGGCAUUCUGUGUUAAAAAAUUGUCUUUUUCUUUUCCGCGCUGCCUUCACUGAAAGUAUUUCUUGAGGAAAUAGGGAGUUUCUGGGGUAUGUACAGACUGGCAAGGGGAUUGGGGAUAUGGACCGUGUCAAGGUGAUUUGAACACGGGAGUUGGCGUCUUAUAUAGAUGGCCGUUGUUAAAUUACUUGGGGCUUUUGGUUACGCCAUGUCCGCAUAACAAUAUAAUGUUUC